GACAAUCUGAAAGAGUACAGUAGUUAUUUACGCUACAGCAUCCAAAUGAUUCUGUGAAGAAGAAAUGGAAAUAACAAGUAGGAUCAAUAUUUUUUCAAGUAUCGCUUGUGAGAUGGACAGGGUUAAUGCGUGGAUAACAUGUUAAAAGGAAAGUGUUUGCUGGGAGAGAGACAUGAGAGAUCUGAUCCAGAGACUGCUGAGUUCAUAGACUUCAGAUGAUCGUGGUGGCUCCUGUGCUCAGCUGAAGAAGAACCCUGCUGCAUUGUGGAUUACUUUUCUGACUUUAUCGUUUUUUAAAUAUUCCCAACCAUGGCGAAGUCUGGAUAUGCCUACUACAGGACUACUAUCUUCCUUGCCAUGUUUGUGGGCUACACAUUGUAUUACUUUAACAGGAAGACGUUUUCGUUUGUUAUGCCUUCUGUAAUGCAGGAGAUCUCGCUGGAUAAGGAUGACCUGGGACUUAUCACUAGCAGUCAGUCACUGGCGUACGCCAUCAGCAAAUUUAUAAGCGGUGUUCUCUCGGACCAAAUCAGUGCCCGAUGGCUUUUCUCCAUUGGCCUCUUUAUGGUUGGUGUCAUCAAUGUGGUUUUCUCCUGGUCCUCCUCUGUGGCGAUAUUCGCGGGCCUGUGGUUCCUGAAUGGACUUGGUCAGGGUCUGGGUUGGCCACCAUGUGCAAAAGUACUACGGAAGUGGUUUGAGCCAUCUCAGUUUGGCACGUGGUGGGCAGUGCUUUCCUGCAGUAUGAAUUUGGCCGGGGGUCUUGGUCCCAUCAUUGCCACAGUGAUGGCUCAGAGUUACAGCUGGAGGUCCACAUUGUCCAUCUCUGGCCUGACCUGUGUGGUCACGUCCAUCUUCUGUCUAAUGAUUAUCCGAAAUGAACCCAGCGAAGUCGGCCUGCCCAAUAUUGACGCCGGUCCAAAGAAAGGCAAAGGAGGCUCCGUCAAAGACGAAAGCACCUUCAAAGACUUCAUCCUUUCUCCAUAUUUGUGGGUGUUAUCAUUUGGCUACCUGGUGGUGUUUGGGGUAAAGACAGCUUAUACUGACUGGGGACAGCUGUUUCUCAUCCAGGACAAGGGCCAGUCAACACUAAUGGGCAGUUCUUUCAUGAGCGCACUUGAGAUCGGAGGACUAUUGGGGAGUUUAGCAGCAGGAUACCUGUCAGACAGGGCCGUGGCAAAGCAAGGACUGAGUUUGCAUGGAAAUCCUCGGCACGGUCUCCUGCUCUCCAUGAUGGCUGGGAUGUGCAUCUCCAUGUAUCUUUUCCGCACCACUGUCACGACACACAGCUCAAAUGUCUGGAUUCUUUUGUUGGGGGCAGCAUUUGGCUUUUCUUCAUAUGGACCAAUUGCUUUAUUUGGAGUUCUUGCGAAUGAGAGCGCACCAUCAAACUACUGUGGAACCUCCCAUGCCAUUGUUGCUUUGAUGGCAAACAUUGGUGGUUUCCUCUCAGGGUUGCCUUUUGGCACAAUUGCCAAACACUAUGGCUGGAACACAGCAUUCUGGGUAGUGGAGAUAUUCUGUACGGUCACUACGAUUGGAUAUUUCCUGCUCCGGAAUAUCCGCACCAAGAUGGGAAGCAUACCUAAGAAGGCUGACUAAGCAACAGUUUAUUUUUUAAAUAUCUUUUAACUAGAUUAUGGGGCAUACUCUGGGAUUAUUGAAAAUGUGCCAAUUUUUUUAAGGAAUUACCUUUGGUGUUUGUUAAAUUAUGGAUAGAUAAUAUUAUUUUCACUAAUGACAGAUGAAUAUAUUGAAAAUGAUGAACUGUUUUAACGGUACAUUCACACGGGGCGUAAGCGUUAACGCUUAACAGAAGGCUUGUCUGAAGCGUGGCCAACAGCCAAUCACUGUGGCCGCAACACAAGCUCUGGUCUUCCAUAAACGUAAUUGGCUGGCUUUGCCUAGGUUAUUUGCAUAAGGCGUUAUGAUUGGCUGACGCACGCGUUGCCGCUUGAAAAGUUGAGAAAUGUUCAACUUCUGCCGCGAGCAACGGCACUGACGUGGCGCCGACGUAUCCACAAUUCAGUUCGCCAACGCUUGACGUCACCCAUUAAAAGUGAAUGGGAAGCGUCAAUGCUGACACCCCGUGUGAAUGCGCCCCGUAAGGCUUUUGCAGUUGUAGUAUUGCUGAAAAUUACAUCAAAGUACAUCAACAACUUUUUUGGGGGGAUUUUCUACUUUUUUUAACCAGUGUACAACAUAACAGAACAUGUUGUGGACAUUGCUUUCAGAAAAGUGUUAUUUAUUCUGUAUUCCAUUAAAACUGGAUAACAGUAUUUUAUACUGUUCUGAUCACGUUACUGGAUUUGAUCGACUUGCAAGAGUUUAUAAAGCCUUUUUUCUCAGUGGUGUUAAUAUCAUUAUCAGUUUUUUAAUGAUGUGUAAACUGGUCCUACCUCUCUAUCUGUAUUACAAAAUUUAUAAAUGUGUAUAAUGAAAUAUGCAAAUGUUUUGCCACAUGAUUUUUAAAUAGCACAAUAAAUGAGUUUAUAUAAAUAAAACCCUUUACAUUAA